AUGGAAGGCGUGAGACACGAUCAACAACAGCAACCCCCAGGAUGGGCAGGUGGUGACGAGUGGGAGGAGCAUCGAGGGAGAAUUCAGGAGCUUUACCAGAGCCAAAACCUGUCGUUGAAGGAAGUGAUGAGGAUCAUGGAAGAGCAUUGUGGAUUCAGGGCAACACAACGGAUGUAUAAAACUCGGAUCAAGGCCUGGGGACUGGACAAGAACUUCAAGGAGUCGGAAGUGGUAGAGCUCUUCCGGUUGAGACGGGAGAGGGAGAAGCUCGGGAAGCCAACCACUUAUAGAAUACGAGGUCGCGAGAUCGACUGGGACCGAGUCAAUAGCUACGUCAAACGGAAAGGGCUGGACAUCGCCCGGCUGCUCGAGGCCGACCGGCCCCACAGCCCGGCAAUAGCACGUGAAAUAACUUGCCGAACUCCCUCUCCCAUUUCAGGACACCAUCGACAUUACCGACAUGAACCAUCGGCCAGCACUCCAUCCCUCUCUUCAUCAGUCGGAUCGGAUCACUUCACCCACAAUGUGCCGCCAUUCACAAGACCAAUGACCGCGUCAUCCGCCCCCAUCAUGGCCGGGAUGGAUCCCCGAACUACUAACUCAACACCGUAUCCCGCAUAUACACAGCCUUAUUCUCCCACGCAAGCCCUUCGAUCGCCGGCCACCUUCGGUCACUCCGCAACUCUGCCUCCUGUUGGACACUCCGUAGCCAUCCAUUCCUUCCAAAGGUUUCUGACUCGCAUCUACAAGACCCUUCUCUACGAAGACAACGACAAGACCUGGGGCACAACACAAUACUGGCUGGGGUACUCGCACGCGUUAGAGUGGUUGAUGACGAUCCGCUACAAAACCGCCUUUUAUCGUGACAUCUUGGUGCAGCUGUCCUCCGAUUCCGGUGGUGGCGCCAACGUCAGCAUAGCCGCCCGGGAUAUCGUUCGUCGCUUCCGCACCAUCAACAGAUCGUUCGCUAUGCUCGAGCCCAUGGUCCAGAGCGUGAUCGGGGCCAAAUUCUACUACAUUAUCAACUUCGUCUACGCUUUUGGGUUGUGUACGGACGUGGCUCAACUGCCAGUAGCGUAUCCGCUGGUCUCGAUUGCUAGGGUACUGCUUGACGAAACACAUAAUGCUUGCUCGGCACCACAUCCUCUGCCGGUAUUGCCCGGUGGACUUGCUGAUGGUGGUCGGCCCGGAGAAAUGAUGGGAAUAGCUUACCGACGCAGUAGCUGCAGUGGUGUCGCCAAUGGCGGUGGUCGAGCCGCCGCCGCCGCCGCCGAACAGGAGGGUUUCGUGUCAGCUGCCGGG